CAUUUACUAAAAACUCGUCCAUACAUCAUCCAUCAUACCCGGAUCACCAUUUCGUACAAGAUCAGCUCCCGUAAUAAUAUUUUCCACUCAUCCCUAUUUUUUUAUAAUUAACGUGAAAUAAAACAAAAAUAACAACAAUGGCAAAUUCGACGUACAAGUUGAUCUAUUUUAACGUAAAAGCGAGAGCUGAACCAAUCAGGUUCCUUUUCGCCGUGGCUGGAGUUCCAUAUGAAGAUCGUCGCGUCGAAAGGGCAGAUUGGCCCGCAUUAAAAGAAGUGAUGCCAUGGGGUAAAAUCCCAGUUUUGGAAGUUGACGGUCAAACCCUUGCCGAAUCCACCGCCAUAUGUCGAUUCUUAGCGAGGCGAUUCAAGCUAACGGGCGCAAAUGACCUUGAGGCUGCGAAAUGCGACGAGUAUGUUGACGCCGUCAUGGAUUUGCGAGCAGGUUGGCGAGCAUUCCACUUUCUCGAGGACGAGGAAAAGAAGGCAGAAUUGAAGAAGCAGUUCUUGGAGGUGCAAGUCCCUGCGUGCUUUUCAAAGUUUGAAAAAAUUUUGGAAAAGAGUGGAGGUGUUUUUCUCCUUGGGGAAACUUACUCCUGGGCCGACCUUCACAUCGCCCACACUUUGUCGUUCUUCGAAGAGACCGUGUCCCCCGACACGUUGAAGGGCUACCCAAAACUGCUCAAAUUCAAGGAGGCUGUCUUCAACAUUCCACAAAUUAAGAAAUGGGUCGAGGAGCGACCAAAGACCAAUAUGUAACACGAUCCUUUAUAAAAUGUUCUUCGUAUUUAAAGCAUAUCUGCAAAUUUGGAUGAUCAAUUCGGCUGUGUAAUUCUGUUUGAGCAACAAUAAAUAAGAAGCAAAAUUAAAAUUA